AUGAAUACAUUAUCAAUACGUGAUCUUUGUUGCCUUUUUUGUUGUCCACCUUUACCAUCACGUAUAGCUGCAAAACUCGCUUUUCUUCCACCAGAACCAACUUAUUCAUUAUUAGUGACUGAUAAUUCAAUAUCAACUAAUGGUACACAUAAUCAAAUAGAAUCAACAUCAUCGAAAAAUGUUCCAACUGAUUCAUCUACAUCUCCUCGAUAUACAAUAUUCUUUUCGGAUAAAGCUGAAUGGCAACAUUCAACAAAUGAAAUUUCUAAAUUAGAGUCAUAUUUUGUAAUAACAUCUCGUCAUAAUCGUAUUGCUUGCAUUUAUGUUAAUUGUACACCAAAUCCAAAAUAUUAUAUUUUAUUUAGUCAUGGCAAUGCUGUUGAUCUUGGUGAAUAUAAUUUUCUUUAA